GGCGACGGCGUGACGGAGCGCUUCAUCAGGGCGGUCGGCGUGUCGCAGAGCAGGAGGACCGAAGACACCGGCGCCGUCGUCCUGCGCCUGCUGGAGGAGCACGACUGCCUGGAGAAGGUUGUAGCACAGUGCUAUGAUGGAACGGCGGUUCUGCGGUCCGGUAUCAAUGCAGUUCAGGCCACAGUGAGAGCUCGAGCUCCGAUGGCCUUAUUCAUCCACAGCGACGCCAUCGCCUGGCAUCGGGUCGUCACGCAGGGCGCGUCCAAGAUCAGGGAAUGCAAGGUGUUCUUUUCCCAUCUCUCUGGUUUGGCAGCAUUUUUUCUCCGAUCGGCGAAAUGCGCUGCGUUGCUUGACGAGAUCUGCGAACGUCGGCUUCCGCGGGCGGCACCGAUCGGGUGGCACCACGAGUCGAGGUUAGUCCGAACGGUCCUGGAGAGAAAGGAAGCGCUCCUGCAGAACCACGAGGCGUACGGCGAGGACGCGGUGCGCAGCGCUGACGGCUACAUCGGCCUUCUGGGCAGCUUCGACUUCUGCUUCCUGCUCUCCGUCUUCUCCCGUGUUUUGGACCGGGCCGAGUGUUUCUUCAACGCGCUGCAACGACCGAGCCACUGAACAUGCAGGUCUGGCUCGACCGAGCGGACGAGUUCUGCGGCGGCGUCGAGAACGAGAGGCAGCGCUUUGACGGCACUUACACGUCCGCCGCGAGUCGGGCGGGUGCGCCGACACCGCGGAGACGUCACCCUGACGAGAACGUCCGCGCGCGAUACCGGCAACUCCACGACGACGUCCUUGACAACAUCAUCAAUCAGACGAGGAAUCGCUUCAAGGACCACGAGAAGCUCUCCUUCCUCUCCCUCCUCGACACGUCCUUGUCUGUGGCCUACCGAGAGCAAUUCCCCGACCACCUGCUGGACCGCUUGAAGGAGAGUCACGGGCCGAUGCUCUUCGACGUCCCGCGGCUGAAGGCUGAGCUCAUCGUCAUGUACGCCAUGGUGGAGUUCUACGAGAAGAGCCCGUCGGAGCUGCUGGCCUUCCUCCACCGGGGGGCGCUGCAGGACACGCUGUGCCAGGUCUACGCGCUGGUGUGUUUGGCGGUCACCCUCCCCCUGACCGCGACCUCGCCCGCCUCGUCGGCCUCCUCGGCGCGGGGCAAAAUCCGAGCGUGCUUAGGGACCGCGGAGGCCCUCGUCGCGCGACCGGCCCCCCCGCUGCUUCUCAUGGCCGUGGAGUCGGAGUUGCUUCAGGACCUGAAGUGCAGAAACGCCCUGCACGACCGCGUCAUCCACGCAUUCACACAGAAGGAGAGCAGGCAGGAUUUCGUCUUCAAGUGACCGACAGCCACUCUUAUUGGCUCUUACUGGGUGAUCCUACUUUGAGAGACCAACAACAGCUCCUCCUAUUGGCUCUCACUGGGUGAUCCAACAACAGCUCCUCCUAUUGGCUCUUACUGGGUGAUCCUUCUUCAAGUGACCAACAACAGCUCCUCCUAUUGCUCUGCCCAGGUUGUGUUCCCCCUGAUUGCAGAUGAGAUGCACCUGGCCAGGUGAUCAAGAAGCUGUUUCCUGCUGCAGAGGAGAGGCUUCUAACUUGAGGACUGCUGGUCUUGCUGCCUCUCAGCCUGGGAUUUUGUUGUGCAGCUAUGUUCUGAUAUGGUUGUCUUGUGGAUGUUGAAUUUGUUUUACCUUAAUAAAUCCCAUGGAUUUGGUGCUUUUAAAA